AGGUUUCUGAACAAAAAGUCCGAACGAGUGCCAACCGUGCCAACUGCCAGGUGGCGAAGUCAGUCGAGUUGCCGGUUAACCAUCAAUGUGUUUUUCUUAACUGACUGCAAGUUUACGUAUUUUUGAAAUUUUCGUCGUCCCGUUUGUUAUCGUGUGGGCAAAGGACUUCAACACGUUACAGACAUGGCGCCACAAAAAGGAAAGCAGGGAACCAAGGGUCAAAAACAAAUUGUUGAGGAAAACAAGAACACAAUGAAGUUUUACAGCAUCAUUUCAGUUGCAGCAGUGGGGACGCAUGUGGCAACACACUUAAUAUUUUGGAGGGAUCUGAUGACACUAUCCUACCUGGUGGUACUGUUGCUGACGGUGCUAAUUUAUGGAGGAUGCAUCCAGGCCAUGCGGUACAUGGCAAGAGCUUCAUACACGGAGAGUGGGCAACUUCGAGACGGGGGCAUUGACCUGAACAUGGUUGCAGGCCUUGCCGAGCACUUGAAAGAUUUGAUCAUCUUGACUGCAUCUAUUCAAACACUCUCACUCAUAUCAAAUUAUGUAUGGCUCCUUUGGCUUUUGGCACCGGGUCGUGCAGUCUACUUACUCUGGGUCAACAUCUUGGGCCCAUGGUUCUUCCAGCCGGCAGCCCCUGAGGUGGAUGAUAAAAAGCAGAAAAAAAUGGAACGCAAGACAAGAAGGCAUUAAACUGUGUUGCUGUUUCAGUGAAAAAUCUAAUAAGACCAGCAUGCUCUGUUCUAGCAAAAGAAAAAAAAAUGUUUAUAGGAACUAUGAAUGACCUUAGAAUUUCCUGUUGUGUUUUUGGCAAAUGAAAUGAAAACCACACUUGAAUUUUAAUACUGUAAACUUCAAAUAUGAUUUUUUUAAAAAAGACAAGGAUAGAACAAAUUCUUAUAUAAUACAAAUUAUGUACUUGCUCGUUUAUCCGUACCAUUACAGUUGUCAUCUUUAACAUGAAAAACUGGGCUAAUCGAUUGCCGCUAAUUAUGGUGAAAAACAGCACUGCAGAAACCAGGACUAUUCUAUGAACAGGCGCUAUACAACAGACACCAACUUGCAACUGAAGCUUUUUCAAUGCAUAUACAAAAGAACAAAGAAAUCUUACGGCUGUAGGAUUGCUUCUUUGCUCUUUUUAUGCGUUAAACACAGCUGCGAGUCAGUGCAUGUUCUGUCACUUGUGUUCCUUUGGUUAGCACAUGUUUCGAGCACUGUUUUUUACCAAGUCGCGUUACCUACAGUGUGUAGCCGUAAGAAACCACAUUUGACACGCUUUGCAAAAUUUGAAUUCCAAACGAACAUACCUGAAAUUGGGCACACAAAAGUUUUGCAAGAAGUUUUAUGCCUAUAUUUUCGGACCUCAAAUCAGAGGCAAGAGAUUGUUAAAAAUAGUGCAAAUAUAGUGCUGCACACAGGUUUUGGAGCUUACUCUCAGGUGGUCAUUGUUUAUAAUUUGUUAAAAGUAUUAUCGCGAUUAUCUUGCUCACUUCCGGCCUCUGCUACUGGCUCUCAGCAUGUUUGCUUUCAGCAAGCCUCCCGGGAGUGAGCUAAUAAACCAGUGUGCAGAUGACAAACAGGCUAGUAUAGGACUUAAGAAAUGCACGGCCUCCUAUUUUUGGUUUGUUUUUAAUAUUCCACUUCCUCCGAAUUGAGCUUUAAAAAAAAUAGACAGAAGACUUCUUUCGAAGCUAAGUUCGCAUGUCCGAUUUCCAGUGUUUGUAAAGUACAUCUAAAAGGUGCUUGAAGUAAAGUACAAAGUAAGUGAGAGAUUAUGUACAAGUAAAGUAGUAAGUACUCUGGGUGCAAUGUAUUUGAAGUACUAUGGAUACAAUGUACUUUCAAAGAAAAGUACAAGUACUUAAAAAAAAACUUUUAUGAUGCCUUUUCAUCCCCCUAUGCAGUGGUUUUCUUAAAUUGGUAUGCAUUGCCCCAGAGGUAAUCAGGGGUGCAUCAAUUAUUUUCGGAAAAUGGCGGCGAAUAUUGGAUAAAGUCAAGUGGCCACUGAGUAGUUGUUUUACUGUAGCUGACAAACUCGUUAAUGCAAUCAACAUAUGAGGCACUUAUAUGUUGACAACGCAUAAUUUUGUGGUACAAAUUUCGCAAGACCAAAUUUGAGGAAUGUACUUUGAAGUCGGAAGUUGUACUUUCUUUGGAAAGUACCAGAAAAAAUACUUUAAGUACAAGUACAUACUCGGAGAAUGUAUAAAGUACAAGUUUUCUAAAUCUACCUGAAAUAGUACAUGCUUUAAUAACUUAAAGUACCUCCCAACACUACCAAUUUCAGGUAUGCAUGUUUGUAAUUAGAAUUCUGCAAGGGAUGCGAAAUGUGUUGGUCCUUAUGGCUGCACCCUGUACAUAUGUUGCUCUCAGUACAGAGGUAAUAAAAGUACAAUCGGGCUUUUCUUGGCCACGCCUCAUAUAAUCAUUGUUUUUCAUGAUUGCUAAGCUUUACGGCCGCAGCUCGUAUGGUAGGAUAUCAAAGAUGUGGCUUGUACAUAUAGAUCUUAUAUUGCAUCAUACUGCACCUGUGAUGCAAGCUUGUCUGCGUGAUUCUGGGGUAGCCUCAGUGAGGAUGCGUCCUAAUAUUACGUAGAGGCUUGCCAAGUUCCAACAUUAUCUGAAGCAUAUUUUGUAUCCGAAUGGUAUUAUGUACAGCCAUUUGUUCAAAAUGUUGUAAACCUGUUUGUUUUUGAGGGGGAGGGGGCAUAAAAACAUGAAUAAAACCAACUGAACUUUGUGUUUUGUA